GAGUCUCCUUCAGGUCGUAGAAAGGCUCUGGCCAGCAGCAGCAUCAACAUGAAGCAGUAUGCCAGCCCCAUGCCCACACAGACUGACGUCAAGCUCAAGUUCAAGCCCCUCUCCAAGAAGGUGGUGUCUGCCACGCUACAGUUCUCCCUCUCCUGCAUCUUCCUCCGUGAGGGCAAGGCCACUGACGAGGACAUGCAGAGCCUGGCCAGCCUGAUGAGUAUGAAGCAGGCUGAUAUCGGCAACCUGGAUGACUUUGAGGAGGAGGACGAGGAGAAUGAGGAGAACAGGGCCAACCAGGAGGAGAAGGCUGCUAAGAUCACAGGUGAGAGGUUACACACACACACCUCUAUUUGUUAAGGGGACCAGAAGAAGCUGCUGAGAUCACAGACAAAAUGCAGCAAAUCUCCCCCUCCAUUGUAAAAGGUCGUCUGACCUCAGUGAGACUUCCUGCUUCCAUAAGAGUAUUUUUAAAGAUUGUCUUGUCAUCAGAAGACCAUGUGGGCAUGUAGUAACACCCAUGAAGAACACUGAUUCAACAACUGAGGGCUUCUAAGCAUCAUGUAGA